UGUAUCAAUUAUAAACAGCUGAUCGACUCGGCACGGUCGUGUUCGCACGCUCGUGCGCUCGCUCGGCAAAUCGAUAUUUGGCCGCGGUAGCGCAAGUGCGUUGCACGUCCACUCGUGAAACGAGCGCUUACAGCUGCGAGAAACCACGAAACCAUGGUUUCGUUGCUAAAAUCCAAGCCCGUGGUUUUGCUGAGCGCGGUUGGCACUGGAGUGGGAGCGAUACUGCUGUUCAGAGAAUAUUACGUCGGCGGGUGCCGCUACGAUUCGGACAAGAAACUAGACGGCAAGUUGGUCGUAAUUACGGGUGCCAACACCGGUCUGGGCAAAGCAGCUGCUAAAGAGUUUGCUACUAGAGGCGCCAGCGUCGUCAUGGCUUGUCGCGACCUCAACAAGUGUCGGCGCGUCAGGGCCGAAAUCAUGACGCAGACUCGGAACAAGCGAGUUGUCUGCGAAGAGUUGGACCUCGCCUCUCUAGAGUCGAUACGCAACUUUGCGGAGAGAAUUAAUGACGGUGUGAAGCAGGUUGAUAUACUCGUGAACAAUGCUGGCAUCAUGAGGUGUCCGAAGCUGCUGACAAAGGACGGCUUUGAAAUGCAGCUUGGCGUCAACCAUCUUGGUCAUUUCUGCCUGACCAGCCUGCUGCUGGACAAGAUCAAGGCUGCUGCGCCCAGUCGUGUGAUAAAUGUCGCAAGCACGGCUCACCAAAGAGGAAAGAUCAACUUCACUGACCUCAACUCGGACAACGAAUACGAUCCUGCCACUGCCUACAACCAGAGCAAGCUCGCCAACGUCCUGUUCACUAAGGAACUUGCCGAGAAACUAAAAGGUACCGGUGUGUCGGUGUUUGCGGUGCAUCCGGGAAUCGUCAACACUGAUAUCACACGUUACAUGGGAAUUGCGUCUUCAUGGACGGCCACGCUGUUUGCCAAGCCGCUUCUGUGGCUUUUUGCGAAGACUCCCCAGCAGGGUGUCCAAGGCAUCAUGUACUGUGCUCUAAGUGAUGGCCUCGAAGAGCACAGUGGGAAGUACUUUUGCAACUGCAAAGUGACAGCGCCAAAUCCGAUUGCCGAAGACAAGAUUGCCUCAAGUUGGCUGUGGGCUGUCAGUGAAAGGUGGACUGGUGUGUCGUAGGUGUACCUGCAGUGUGGCGUUAUGCAUUCAGCUGCAUAGCUGGUGUACAGAAUGUAAAUAAAUUU